AUGGACAGCGAUACGAAGAUUAAUUUCCAACCGGAUAGUUGGCAUUCUUUACCCGGUCUAGAAAGAGUCCCAACCCCUCCCCUUUGUGAAAUGCCCGAUAUUUACACUAAAUUACUACUGGAAAAUGAAGCAUCCUGGCUAUCUAUAGCUAGUUUAUUCCGAGAAUUCCGAAUGGACAAGAAUGUCUGUUAUGCUUAUGAAAGAGCCUUAGCUAAUAAUCCCUUAUCUAGAGAAGCACUAGAAUCUCUAGGUCCUAUCUAUCGCACCCAAAAACAAUGGGAUAAAGCUUUAGAUCUAUAUUUACGUCUUUACAAACUUUCAUCUGGAGUAGAUAUUGAUAGUGCAACUUCUAUUGCUUUUUGUUAUUUAAUGCUUGAUCGGUUUAGUGAGAGUCUUAUCUGGUUUAAACUAGCAGCUCAACAUGCAGCUGCUAUUAAGAAGGAAAAAGGCUUCUUAUGGUUUGGAGUUGGUGUCUUUUAUGAACGAGUUAAUAAUCUACAGAUAGCAGAAGAAGCUUAUGCUUCAGCUAUCAAAGUUAAUCUACCUUAUGAGUACAGUUUAGAAACAUACUUUCGUUUAGGAGUUACUUAUAAGAAACGAGGUGCCAUUCAAACGGCUAAAGAUUGUUUUGAGUAUCUCUUGCACAAUCUACCUAAAAAUCAGACUAGACCCAGUAAGGAAGAUGUUUUAGUACAAGUAGCUCAUGUUCAUGAUUUACAAGGUCGGACUUUAGAGGCCAUUGGUUUGUUACAGGAGAUUGUAUCUAGUCGUAGUAGUAGUAGUAGUAGUAAGCAAGUAGCUGUUUUAUUAUUGAGUUGGUUGUACUAUAAGGAAGGUAACUGGCUGGGAGUACAAGGAACGAUUCAGGAGUUGGGUACGGGAGAACUGGGAGGGUUUACUUGGUACUUACUGGGUCGGGUUGAGCAUAGAUUGGAGAAUUAUAAGGAGGCGUACCGGUGCUAUCAUGCGGCGAUAAGAAAAGAUGGGAAGAAUCACUUAUACUGGAAUAGUAUGGGUAUUCUUUACUAUGGGUUGGGGCAGUAUGAAGAUGCGAUGGGGGCGUUUCAGAAGGCACGUAAUUUGCAUCCGCUUUUUGUAGAGGCAGUUUAUAACUUAGGGGCUGUUUAUGAACAGUUUGCUGGGACUUUAGGUAGUGCUUUAGAGGUAUAUGAAGGGGCUUUAGAAGUAUUUCCUGAGGAUAAGUUGUUAUUGGAACGAUUGGAGGAGGUGGCUGAUCGGCGGGCGAGUGAGGUAGAGGGAGUUUAUUUGCCCCCGGAAGUACCUUUAAGGGACGUACAGCCUAAUCCUACGAAUACGCCGUACUUCUUAGCCCAUUCCUUGCUUGGCUAUCGGCCGACGAGUUUUGUCUUCAAUACUGAGACCCAUCAUGCAGAUAUAGAGAGUAUCGUAGAGCAUCUGCACAACGCACAUAAUGAAUAA